AUGAAAACGUUCGAAGGCUUUUACCGCAACCUCCACAGCUUCCCGGAACUCUCCGGCCAGGAAGAACGCACCUCCACCACUGCCGCCGAAUACCUCAACAGCCUCGACUUCGAAGUCCACACGCACAUCGGCGGAUACGGUGUCGCUGGAAUAUUCCGGAACGGCGAUGGACCCACGGUGCUUCUGCGCGCGGAUAUGGACGCCCUACCUAUGGAGGAGGAGACGGGCGUGCCGUAUGCGAGUACUCGCGUGAUGAAGGAUCGGAACGGCGUUGAGCGGCCCGUUGCGCAUGCAUGUGGGCAUGAUUUCCAUGUUACGGCGCUUGUGGCUGCGGCGUCGUUGUUGCAUUCUGCGAAGAGCGAGUGGUCGGGCACGUUGGUGUGCGUGUUCCAGCCGUCGGAGGAGGAGUUGAAUGGGGCCAAGGGGAUGAUUGAGGAUGGGCUCUAUGAGAAGGUUCCCAAGCCAGAUGUUGUGCUUGCGCAGCAUGUGCUUAAGAUGAGGGCGGGCACUGUAAGUGUGAAGUCGGGACGGUUGUUGACUGCAGCGGACGCGUUUGAUGUGAGGAUUUAUGGGCGUGGUGGGCAUGGCUCGGCGCCGCAUACGACCGUUGAUCCGAUUCUUAUUGGGGCUUCGAUUGUUAUGCGGUUGCAGGGGAUUGUCAGCCGGGAGGUGGCGCCUGGGGAGACGGCGGUUGUUAGCUGUGGGAGUAUUCAAUCAGGACAUGCGUCGAAUAUCAUUCCCAGUGUGCUGGAUUUGAAGCUGAAUGUUCGGACGUACGAUGAGAAUGUACGGAAAAACGUCAUCGCGUCGAUCAAGAGGAUCAUCGAGGCUGAGUGUCAUGCCGGACGAGCGGUUAAGGACGCGCGUGUUGAAUGUUCUACUUCGUCGCCUGCUACGAUCAACGAUGAUGAGAUGGUUGAGCAGCUCAAGGGGACGUUUGGGAGUUAUUUCAAGGAGAAUAUGGUUGAGCCAGAGCCUGCUACAGCCAGUGAGGACUUCAGUCUUCUUGCGACAGCUGUUGGCGCUCCAUAUGUCAUGUGGACGUUUGGUGGCAUUGAUGAGAAGAAGUGGGACGAGGCCGAGGCGAAUGAGACUUUGAGCGAGUUGCCUGGUAACCAUUCGCCAUAUUUUGCUCCGGCGCUCCAGCCGACGCUGCGUACGGGAGUAGACGCGAUGGCGAUUGGUGCUUUAACAUUUUUGAAGCGUAAGACUUAA